CGCCGGAAGUGUCUGAACAGGAAGUGCCGGGCGUCGCACGCUGUGACCGGCAUGGCGGGGAGUGAGGGAGCCAAGCGGCGCCGCAACAUGAGACCCAGGGGACCCGGAGAGCAGAGCCCAGGGGCCCCAGGAUCCGGCCAGGAGAACCCAGGGGCCCCAGGAUCCGGCCAGGAGCCGCACGAGUCCGCCUUCCCCCCCACAUUCUCCGUGUCCCAAAUCAAGAACAAACAGCGGAGACAUUUCAUGUUCAUCAGAAUGAAACAGGAGCGGAGGAAGGAGAAGCUCGCUGUUAAGAAGAAGCGUAAGAAGGAGAGGGACGCGCUGGGAGACAAGGCUCCUCCAAAACCAGUCCCCAAAACAAUUGAAAACCAACGUAUUUAUGAUGAAACCACUGUGGACCCGACUGAUGAAGAGGUGCAAUAUGAUGAGGCUACCGACGAAUUUGCUCCUUACUUUAACAAACAGUCAACUCCAAAGAUUCUGAUCACAACAUCGGACCGUCCUCGUGGGAGAACAGUGAAGUUCACACAGCAAUUAUCCACCGUUAUUCCCAACUCCCACGUGUAUUACCGCAGGGGUCUGGCCCUGAAAAAGAUUAUCCCACAAUGCAUUGCCCGUGGUUUUACGGACCUUAUUGUCAUCAAUGAAGAUCGGAAAGUAGCGAAUGGGCUUAUUCUGAGUCACCUACCUGAAGGGCCAACAGCUCACUUUAAAAUGAGUAGUGUUCGAUUACGGAAAGAAAUGAAGAGGAAAGGAAAGGAUCCUACGGAGCACCAACCAGAGGUUAUUCUGAAUAACUUCAGCACCCGCCUGGGACACUCCAUUGGCCGCAUGUUUGCGUCACUUUAUCCACACGAUCCACAGUUUCCGGGGAGACAAGUGGCGACUUUCCACAACCAGAGAGACUACAUCUUUUUCAGAUAUCACCGGUAUAUUUUUAAAAGUGAGAAGAAAGCAGGUAUUCAGGAACUUGGCCCUCGAUUUACACUGAAACUUCGAUCACUUCAGAAAGGGACAUUUGACUCCAAGUAUGGGGAGUACGAGUGGGUCCACAAGCGGCAUGAAAUGGAUACAAGUCGAAGGAAGUUCCACCUAUAAAAGGCCCAUCAGUAAAUGUGGAAUUCUAUGGAUUUGGUUACUGGGGGUUAUGGAUACAUUCCCCACAUUGUUUGUUCUGAUCAUGUGUGCCUUUCUGAGGCCCCUCCUGCUUUUGAACUAAAGAAGCUUCCAUUCUAAUUUUACCUUGACCAUCAGGCUGUGAAUGAGCAGUAAAGCCGCCAUCAUGGCUUAAUGGAAUGCCUGUCAGCUCUGGGCUCUUCCCAAUUUAUAACAUUGUCUCCUGGAGAUUCCCCUUUGAUCUAACUCAGCCACCUUGAGGUCCGAGACACGUGGACACUCCAGCUCAGUGUAUACUGAUUUAGAAAGGAACAAUGCUGGCUUUUACCCCCCUUGUUCCUGGCCUGACAUUGCUUUGAAUGGAAGAGAAAAUGUCACUUUAACACAAUUUACACCACUGAAUAAACAAACCAAAAUAUCAGCCAGAA